AUGAGUGAUGAUAGAUAUGUCGCUUUAUCAUCUCCAUCACAACAAAUACGACGGGCCCCAGUAAGGCGUCUCCUCCUCCUCCGUGGGGAUACGGAUAGAGAGAGCAAGCUCCCCACAGCUACCCUAGAACAUGAUAACGACAAAAGACAUAGAGUCUUAACGCCAAGCACGGCCCUAGUGCACUCCACCACGAAGUCGCUACCCUUUCUAGAUUCAGACGAGGAUUGCUCUACUGUAGAAGAGAAAGUCCACUUAACCACAGCGAGUGGGAUCGGACCUCAGAACGGCGAUGCUGGCUGCAGAUUAUCGUCUACUGCUCACUCAAAGUCGUUGGCAUCUGCGCCAGGGUUGGUUAAAGAGGUAAGUAAUGUUAGGGAAACGGAUGAAGUUGACGAUGCGGACGGCAACUCGACAGCACUACGGCCCCGCUGCCCGGUUCGGCUGAAACUACACCUAUCAUGUGGAGCACGACAUGGUGUUGUUAAGGAAAAAGAUACCAAUAGUCUGGCAGCAACUGGCUGGUGGAGUCGAUUUCUAGAGGUGGACAUCAAUGGAUGUUUUAGGCAUAUCUUUGAACCUACUCUACGACCUCUAGACAAGCACUCUGCUGGUGUGUUCUACCGAGCAAUGGUCAAAGCCUUCGAGGGGUGGUGGCAGGAACACUGGGAUUCGCUGGUCCUCUCUCAGGGCCUAUUUCCUGGCCCUUCACAGGAAACGAGGAGCUCAAGGGGGAGAGGACGCCAACGGAAGCUAAGCUCACAGCAAGUUAGGUCUCAGAAGGAAGAAAAUCGCGCGCAGCAGCUGCACUUCGCCCGCGUAGGGUUAGCCUCGUGGUAUGAAUCCGUACGAGUCGCACGGCUUAUGGCAGGGUUCCUCUUGCACGGUGACAGUGGUGCUGCUGCGCCUAGCACAGAGGCUACGGUCGUCGGUGACGCUCAGAGAGAGGACACGCUCUGUGGGCCGCUGCAGCGGCCCUGGGUCUUUGAAGAAGGCUGCCGCGAUGCGUUUGUGGCGAUCACGCGGAUUUCCGUGGAUGAUGAUGACAUGAAUGUCAACAGGUGGGUUCGUAUCGAUGCUGGAAAUGGGCUUGUGAAGCUUUAUGAACGCUCGGACGCUCAUACGGAAAGGCUUUUGGAGAGAGAAAUUAGGGAAAUCGAUGACGUACACGUGGCCACUGUUCCGAGCCCUGAGCGCAUGCUUUGGCUGCUACAUGUCCUAGACGAGGCAUGGGUACACCCGGUUGCAGAGGCCUUCCGGCUACCCGUCUUGGAAUGCGAGGCACCUGGAUACUAUGGAAAGAUUUGUGAUGCAGCUAGUCUUUACAGCCUAUAUGCAGACGUCCUGCGUGGGGCGACGCUGGACAACAUGCGUCAAGGCGAAGCAUUAAAAAAAGGACAUUCAAGCAAGGGCACCAUCUUAAAGACAAGUGGGGAUGAAUUCAUAAAUUAUACGUCCCUACGUGAACGGUUCACCGUCCUGCAGAACAACUGCGCCCUUUACAAUGGAAUCGGCUCAGAGCUCGCGCGUUGCGCUGAGCGCCUGGUAAGUGCCGCACGCAAGGCUAUCCGUGAUGCUCAAGCUGAAGAGGAAGGCACAACCCUACAAGACUCCUUUCCAUGGACGCGGCGGCGGCAAGAGUACCAACACAAACCACACACUAUGAAAAGACCUUCGUGGACAGCAGAGCAGCUGGCGGAGGCAUUUCCGCCGAGCGAAGUAGCUAAGGAAUACUUGUCUGUCGGUAAAUGCAAUGAAACCGGACCAAUCCCCAAAAUAAAUCAAAACGAGCCACCGCAUCAACAUCCCCGAAAGCCUGGCCGCGAUCAAGGUGUCAAGCAGCUUUCGAUAGUCGAGAAGACCAAAGAAGGCCUCAGGGUUCUUCGGCUCGCAACCCAUUCACAGGAUGAUGCGAAAAAACAAAAUGCCAAGAAAGGCAACCCAGAUCGCGGCAAUAAGACCAAAACGCGGAAGCAGCGACGUCCAGAAGCGCCCAUUAUUACUGCAAAAAAAAAUGAGUCCGUAUUUUGGGUGUGCUGUGAUCGAUGCGACACAUGGCGCGAGCUGCCCCAGCGUAUCGACCCUCCUCCAGCCUACUGGGAAUGUGCCUACAUGGGCCUCGAGUGCCCCAAAACAUCUGAAAGGCGAGUGGUCCCCCCAGAGCAAAGUGAAAAGCGAGAACGCAGGCGGUCUCCUCGGGUAAAGACCUCGUCGAAGGAGGGGAAGCGCCCUCGUAUUCCAAAGCGUCGCGAACGCCACACCAAACGUCAUAAAAGCUCUGAUAGUAGCAGCAGCAGCAGCAGUGAAGCAGACGAUGAUGUCGAUAACGAGUCUGCAUCCUCAACCUCAACGAGUUCCCUAACCUCAGACAGGCUUCGAGAUAUUGAGUCAGAGUUGGAAAGGCUGGAGGCAGAGCCGGUGAACGAAGAUCCUCACGGGCUUCUGGAGCGACUCCGACUUCUAGAGAAGCAGAUAGACUGUUGA